UUAUAGAGUUUUUACUGUAAUAAACCUAAACUUCUCAUAAUUACCAAAACUAUCAAUGAAUAUUCUCAACAUUUAGAUAAGGUUGACACGUCAGCCCUUUUGGGCUUUAAAGCCCACUUAGCGUUCAUGUAUGACCCACGAAUAGACAGACGCCCACUCGAAAACCUUCUCGUACGGUAUGAUUCUGUCUCAGUUACAAAUCUCCUCUCGUCUUCAGUAAGCAAAUCCUCGUCUCUCUUCUCUUCUCUUCAAAUGGCGUCAGUUUCCUCAACCUCCUCCCUCUCUCUCUUCUCCUCGAGAUCGGCAUGCACCGAUCCUUCUCCCCCUCUCUUCCCCUCGACGACGCGUGGCAAUGAAAUGUGCAAGAGAACAAAGAGUCUCGUUCAAUGCGUCAACGGGAACGUCUCUGACGCUUCUUCCUCCGCAACUCCAAAUUCGAAGGUGAGGAAGCACACGAUCUCAGUGUUCGUUGGAGAUGAAAGCGGGAUGAUUAAUAGGAUCGCAGGAGUCUUUGCGAGGAGAGGGUACAAUAUCCAGAGUCUUGCUGUUGGUUUGAAUAGAGACAAGGCUCUGUUCACUAUUGUUGUCUCUGGUACGGAGAGGGUUCUUCAGCAGGUCAUCGAGCAGCUCCAGAAGCUCGUUAAUGUCCUAAAGGUGGAAGAUAUCUCGAGUGAGCCGCAAGUGGAGCGUGAGCUGAUGCUUGUGAAAGUGAAUGCACAUCCGGAAUCCAGGGCAGAGAUCAUGUGGCUAGUUAACACAUUCAGAGCAAGAGUUGUGGAUAUUUCGGAGCAUGCAUUGACUAUUGAGGUAACUGGAGAUCCUGGGAAAAUGAUUGCUGUGGAAAGAAAUUUGAAGAAGUUUCAGAUCAGAGAGAUUGUCAGGACGGGAAAGAUAGCACUGAGAAGGGAAAAGAUGGGUGCUACUGCUCCAUUUUGGCGGUUUUCAGCAGCGUCCUAUCCAGAUCUCAAGGAGCAAGCACCUGUUAAUGUUCUUCGAGGUAGCAAAAAAGGAGAUGUGCUCCCUCCAAAUGACAAACCAGCAGGGGGAGAUGUUUAUCCCGUUGAGCCAACUUCUGACCUGAUGGUACAUCAUGUUCUUGACGCUCACUGGGGACUUCUCACGGACGAAGAUACGAGUGGACUACGGUCACACACUCUAUCUUUGCUUGUAAACGAUGUUCCAGGAGUCCUUAAUCUUGUAACUGGUGUUUUCGCUCGAAGGGGAUACAAUAUUCAGAGCUUGGCUGUAGGACAUGCUGAAACAGAGGGCAUUUCACGCAUUACAACAGUUGUUCCUGCAACAGAUGAAUCAGUCAGCAAAUUGGUGCAGCAACUUUAUAAACUCGUAGAUGUGCAUGAGGUGCGUGAUCUUACUCAUUUGCCAUUUGCUGAGAGAGAACUGAUGCUGAUUAAGAUUGCUGUGAACGCUGCUGCAAGAAGAGAUGUCCUGGACAUUGCUAGUGUUUUCAGGGCAAAAACUGUUGACGUAUCCGAUCAUACAAUUACUUUGCAGCUUACUGGUGAUCUUGACAAGAUGGUGGCACUGCAAAGGUUGUUGGAGCCUUACGGUAUAUGCGAGGUUAGUUUUGCAAUCUAUUUCUCUCUUAGUCAAUGUUAUAACUUGUAAGUCUCAGGGUUAACUAGAUCCAUCGAUGUUGUUAUCCUUCGCAUGGUCUCUGAACCACAAAUCCAAAUGAAAACUGGCAGUAGUUAAUAGUAGUACAGUUUGUAGUCUUAGAAACAGAGGAGUGAAAUCUAAGUCUUGUAAAAUGGAUAACCGAAUCUGGACCAUGUUCGGUUGUAUUCUACCUCAUCUGAUUGUGCUUAGAACAAGAAUCAGUCUACUUUAA